AUGGCUCACGAGGCUCAGCGUACCAUACCAGACUUUCCGGGAGUCAGCGAGUCGUUCAACCUCGUUGAGCUUCCCACGCGGGACGUCAAGCUUCCCUUGUCGCCUCUACAAGUGACGGAUAAGACUAUCAACCUGAAGAGAACCACCUCGUGGACGCCAAGCUCGAUAUACGCGGAAGCCCUAAGGCGGCAGGCAGGUGUAGUAAGAGCGACGGUUCGUGACAUCCUUCGAAGAGUGCGAGCCCUUGCUAAGUUGUCGCAGAACGGCUCGAUAAAUCUGACGCCUGUCACUGCCGGCUCCUCAUUCCUGGCACAAGUCACAGUGGGUGGACAGAGCUUCGAGAUGGUGGUUGACACGGGCAGCAGCGACCCAUGGCUGGUUGCUCCAGACUUCGUUUGCGGAUAUGGCGCUCAGAGCGACUGCGGCUUCGGCCCACCGUACGAGCAGUCAGCAACAUACAUCGGGCCCUUACAGGAUCAGAACUUCAAUAUCAGCUAUGCAGACGGUGAGCGGCUGACGGGCACCAUGGGAUUCGAGAUUUUCACAAUCGGCGGUAUCACCGUUGAUCGUCAAGAGUUCGCCAUCGCCGAGUACGCCGAAUGGACCGGCGAUGGGAUUUCCUCUGGUCUGGUCGGCUUCGCCUAUUCCAGCUUGACCUCUGCUUAUCCCGGCUCGGAUCCUGACAACGAUCCCGGCCAGAUGGCUUUCAAGUACAAUACCCUCUUCGACAAUCUGGUGCAGACCGAAGGGGUUCCGCCAGUAUACAGCAUGGCCAUUGCAGAUGAAGGAGGAGUGAUGGCAUUUGGUGGCCUUCCAGAUGUGCCAUACUCGCCUGGCUUUGCCAGCGUACCUAUCUUACCAUACGGCGUCAACGACUCGAAUGGACAGUACGUCUACACUUACUACACGGUUCCCAUUGACGGAUAUGCCUAUGCGGCAAGCCCGAAUACGCAGUUCAACACCUACAACCUCUCAGAUCCACCCACGAACCCACGGAAGAUCAACAUCGUGGGCGACACCGAGGCCAACGGGCCGUAUCCAGCGAUUGUAGAUUCCGGAAGCACCCUGGUGAUGGUUGCAGACUACGUCGCCUCAGGCGUUGCGGACCUCUUCGACCCUCCGGGCACUUUUGACGAAGAUAAUGGUCUCUACGUCGUUGAGUGCACGGCGACUGCGCCAGUCUUUGGCGUGAGCAUCGCGAACAAGAUCUUCUACGCGAAUCCUGCGGAUCUCGUGAUAGCAGUUGAGGAGGGUUUAUGUAUCAGUGGCGUGCAGAGCAACUCGGGCGGCCUGACGAUCCUGGGAGAUGUCUGGAUGAAGAGUGUACUAUGCGUGUUCGAUAUUGGAGCGGAGAUGAUGCGGUUUGCGGCGAGGGAGUUUUAUGGACUUACCCUGCAGACUAAGCGUGCUAAUACUUAG